CCGGGGCGGGCGGCGCAGUGCGGAAGGACGCGGGGCCGGGAGGAAGUGGAUUCCGCCGGCUCCGCGGCGGCGGGCGCACGGUGAGAGUGGCGGUACCGCGGGGCCGGCCUGGGGCUCGGAGGUCUCGUACGCGCUCGGGCGGCAGGGCCGUGUGUUUGAGGCAAAAUGGCUUUCAGUAAAGGAUACCGUGUCUAUCACAAGUUGGAUCCACUUCCCUUCAGCGUGAUUGUGGAAACCAGGAACAGAGAAGAAUGUCUCAUGUUUGAGUCUGGAGCUGUGGCUGUCCUCUCUUCCGCAGAAAAAGACACAAUCAAGAAUACAUACUCCAAAGUCAUGGAUGCAUAUGGGCUCCUGGGUGUGUUAAGAUUAAAUCUCGGGGACACACUGUUACAUUAUCUGGUUCUGGUAACAGGAUGCAUGUCUGUAGGAAAGAUUCAGGACUCUGAAGUUUUCCGAGUUACUUCCACUGAGUUUGUGUCACUGCGGGUUGACCCAACAGACGAGGAUCGUAUUUCAGAAGUGCGCAAAGUGCUGAACUCUGGAAACUUUUAUUUUGCGUGGUCUGCCACUGGUGUCAGCUUAGACCUGAGUCUCAGUGCUCACCGCAGCAUGCAGGAGCACACCACUGACAAUAGGUUCUUCUGGAACCAGUCACUGCAUUUACAUCUGAAGCACUACGGUGUGAACUGUGACGAAUGGCUGUUACGCCUCAUGUGCGGAGGAGUGGAGAUCAGGACAAUUUAUGCAGCUCACAAGCAGGCGAAGGCUUGUCUCAUAUCACGACUAAGCUGUGAACGGGCUGGCACCCGGUUCAACGUCCGGGGAACAAAUGAUGAUGGUCACGUUGCCAAUUUUGUUGAAACAGAGCAGGUGAUAUAUUUGGAUGACUCUGUGUCAUCUUUCAUACAGAUUCGAGGAUCUGUUCCCUUAUUUUGGGAACAGCCAGGACUGCAGGUGGGAUCCCAUCGUGUCAGGAUGUCACGGGGUUUCGAGGCAAAUGCACCAGCUUUUGACAGGCAUUUUCAAACUCUUAAAAAUUUAUAUGGCAAGCAAAUUAUUGUAAAUUUACUUGGGGCAAAAGAAGGGGAGCACAUGCUCAGCAAAGCCUUCCAGAGCCAUUUGAAAGCAUCUGAACAUUCAGCUGAUAUCAAAAUGGUGAACUUCGACUAUCAUCAGAUGGUUAAAGGUGGAAAGGCAGAAAAACUACACAGUGUGCUUAAACCUCAAGUCCAGAAAUUCUUAGAGUGUGGAUUUUUUUAUUUUGAUGGAAAGGAAGUGAAAAGAUCCCAGAGCGGCACUGUCAGGACCAACUGCUUGGACUGUCUGGACAGAACAAACAGUGUGCAGGCCUUCUUCGGCUUGGAGAUGCUAACAAAACAGCUGGAGGUGUUAGGAUUAGCUGAGAAACCUCAAUUAGUUACUCGCUUUCAGGAAGUUUUCCGAUCCAUGUGGUCUGUGAAUGGUGAUUCUGUUAGUAAAAUAUAUGCUGGAACUGGAGCCCUUGAAGGAAAAGCAAAGGCUGGAAAGCUGAAGGAUGGUGCUCGUUCUGUGACCAGAACGAUCCAAAAUAACUUUUUUGAUAGCUCCAAGCAGGAGGCCAUUGAUGUUUUGUUAUUGGGAAAUACCCUAAAUAGUGAUUUAGCAGAUAAAGCACGGGCUCUCUUAACCACCAGCAGUUUACGCGUUUCAGAGCAAUCAUUACAAUCAGCAUCUGUAAAAGUACUGAAGAGCAUGUGUGAGAACUUCUAUAAGUAUGCAAAACCAAAAAAAAUCCGAGUCUGCGUUGGGACAUGGAACGUCAAUGGGGGGAAGCAGUUUCGAAGUAUUGCCUUCAGAAAUCAAACCCUCACUGACUGGCUUCUGGAUGCACCAAAGUUAGCUGGAAUCCCUGAAUUCCAAGAUCACAAAAACAAACCUGUGGACAUAUUUGCCAUUGGAUUUGAAGAAAUGGUGGAAUUAAAUGCAGGAAACAUUGUGAACGCCAGCACCACAAAUCAGAAGCUCUGGGCUGCUGAGCUGCAGAAGACCAUCUCCAGAGACUACAAGUAUGUGCUGCUGGCUUCAGAGCAGCUGGUGGGUGUCUGCCUCUUCGUGUUCAUCAGGCCUCAGCACGCUCCCUUUAUCAGGGAUGUUGCUGUUGAUACUGUCAAGACUGGCAUGGGAGGAGCCACUGGGAACAAAGGUGCGGUGGCCAUUCGGAUGUUGUUCCAUACCUCCAGCCUUUGCUUUGUGUGCAGUCAUUUUGCUGCAGGGCAAUCCCAAGUCAAGGAGAGAAAUGAAGACUUUGUAGAAAUUUCUCGCAAACUUGGCUUUCCGAUGGGAAGGAUGCUCUUUUCCCAUGACUAUAUUUUUUGGUGUGGGGACUUCAAUUAUCGAAUAGAUUUGCCCAAUGAGGAGGUGAAGGACCUAAUACGACAACAGAACUGGGAUACCCUCAUAGCAGGAGACCAGCUUAUCAACCAAAAAAACUCUGGACAGAUUUUUAGGGGGUUUCUGGAAGGGAAAAUAAAUUUUGCCCCUACAUACAAAUAUGAUCUGUUCUCUGAUGACUAUGACACCAGUGAAAAGUGCCGCACACCGGCAUGGACAGAUCGGAUCCUCUGGAGGAGAAGGAAAUGGCCAUUUGACCGAUCAGCUGAAGACCUGGAUCUUCUGAAUGCAAGUUUUCAUAGUGACAGUCAUGUCCCUUAUACAUGGAAUCCUGGCACUCUGUUGCACUACGGAAGAGCAGAGCUGAAAACAUCUGAUCAUAGACCUGUUGUUGCACUGAUUGACAUUGACAUAUUUGAAAUUGAAGCAGAAGAGAGACAAAAAGUGUAUAAGGAGGUGAUUGCAAUGCAAGGACCACCUGAUGGUACUGUGAUGGUCUCCAUCAGAAGUUCUUCAGCUGAAGAAAACUAUUUUGAUGAUAACUUGAUUGAUGAUCUUCUUCAAAAAUUUGCAAGCUACGGCGAAGUUAUACUUAUAAGGUUUGUGGAAGACAAGAUGUGGGUAACAUUUUUGGAAGGAAGCUCUGCUCUGAAUGUUAUGAAUUUGAAUGGUAUUGAGCUACAAGGAAGGAUUAUAAAUAUCAAUUUGAAAAAUCCAGAUUGGAUCAGAAGUUUGGAAGAUGAAAUGAAUCUAGAGAAGAUUAAUAUUGGGCUGCCUUCAUCAACAAGCUCCACUUUGCUUUGUGAAGAUGCUGAGGUUACUGCAGACUAUGACAUGGAAGGAGACAUAGAUGACUACAGUGCUGAAGUAGAAGAAAUCCUUCCUCAGCACCUACAUCCAACAUCGAGCUCGGGGCUGGGAACCUCGCCAAGCUCUUCCCCACGCUCCAGCCCUUGCCAGUCCCCAACGCUGUCGGAUGGACCCACGCUCCUGGUGAGACCCAGCCGAGCCUCAGGAAAAGCUCCUGGGCCACCUGUUUCCACCCAGGCUGAAUUCCAGCCUGGUGCCCAGCAGAAGGAGCCUCCCCAGAGCCUAGAGCCAAAGCGUCCUCCACCCCCUCGGCCCAUCGCUCCUCCUGCACGUCCUGCUCCUCCACAGCGGCCACCUCCACCCUCAGGCGGUAGGAGUCCUGCACCUGCUAGAAAAGAAUUUGGAGGUCUUGGAGCUCCUCCCAGUCCUGGGGUAGCUAGGAGAGAAGUAGAAGUACAAAAAAGCCCUGGAACACAAAGAAAAGAUAACAUAGUUCGUAACCAGCCUCCACAUUCAGCGGGUACAACCAGACCGACUAUUCCUCCUCGAGCUGGAGUUAUCAGUGCCCCACAAAGCCAUGUCCGUCCUUCGGGGGCAAGACCAGCACCUGAGACUCAGACCAAGCCAACUGAGCCACCAAGGGGCUCACCAAUGCUUCCUGAACCACUGAAGCCUCAGGCUGCUGGACCUGCUCAGCCCAGCACUCCUGUGCUAAGGAUGCAGGAGCCCCUGAUCCCUGUGGCAUCUCAUCCAUCUCAGGCAAGUGCCCCGGAAAGCCUGGAGCCCCCCCAGCCACCACCUCGUAGCCGCUCAUCUCACAGUUUGCCUUCUGAACCUGCUCCCUCCCAGCAGCAACUGAAUCCCAACGGGACAUACGGCACUAACCCUGAACCCCAGCUCAGCAGUGACCCUUUUGAAGACCUGUCAUUUCAGCUGCUCGUGUCCAAGUUGCAGACAUCUGUCCGAACAUCACCCGCUCCAACCUUAAACCAAAAGGAGUUGAUACAGUUGCCUUCAGCAAGGCAAAGAAAUGCGGAUAAUUCGAAUACUGUCAAUUGCAUGCCAGCAAUGCCUCCUGUUCCAACCUAUCACUCAUCCCAGGAACAUCAGCACAGCUCUCCAAAUCCAUUUAUUACUGGGCUGAAUUGCUCAAAUCCAUUCACUGAAAGAACUCCUAAUGCUGGGAACCCAUUUAGGACAGAAACACGGGGGUCCAGGAUAACCUCACAAGUACUGGUAGGACCUGCUGCUUCCCAGCCAUUCCCUCCUCUGCCCCCACCCAGCUGUAAAACAAGCAAGCCUCUAUUUCCUGUGGAUGCAGCUGAAAAUACAUUUUGCUCGCGAAGUAGAUCUCUCAAGGAAGAAAACGUACAGCUCAAAGGGUGGGUGACGUUUGAUACGGAUGAGAACUUUAACACGAAGCUAAAGCCAUCUGCCAGUGUUUUCCCGGAGCCGAGCUGGUUAAAAUCCAAAUCAGCUAGAUGCCCAGGUUUGCUGGGAGCUGAACAAAAGACUUUCCUUUGUUUAGACUUUCACUUUGACAGUGACUGGAAUAAAAGUUCUACUGAUUGCUUCUGUACAAUGCCAGCAAGAAAGCCACCUGCACCCCCUGUGCCAUCCAGAGCAACCAGCAACAGGUCCCCUGCAGAUCCCUUUCCCUGCCCAGCGCCCAAGGUGUCACCAACUCAUGAUUUUACAGAAAGAUAGAUGGUCAGAGAUACAGAAGGUUAUAUUUGUUGCUACAUUUAUCCAGUAGAAUAAUUAGGCAUUUGAGAUUAUUCUGUAUGCAAUAAUUGUUAAAUGCACUGAAACGUAACUCUGCUCAUAAACAGCCACUUCAACUUGUGUAGAAAUUUUGAAUGUGUAUAUAUGGUAGAGCACAAAAAUGGUCUGAAAUUUAUUAAAAUCUCGAUGUAAUAGUAUUUGAAUAGACAAAAAGAGAAGAAGGGUGAGCUACUGUCUCACUAAAAUCUAUCAAUCCUGGACACAGAUUUUGCUUAGGGAGCUCUUUCAUUUCUGUUCUCCUUUGUGGAAUUUCACAAGAAGAGGCUUCCUGCUGGUAGCCUCCCCCCUCCCUUUUGACUGUUUUGUUAGUUGAUAUUUAUAAGUAUUUACCAAAGAGCUGCCAAAGUUUAUGGAGAUUUGAAUGUUGACAAGUAUUGUUUAGAAGCUGUUUAAUUUAUAACAGAGGCUAUGGGCAUUUGUAAGGCUUAUAUUUGAAUUCAAGGCACAACAAAAAUAGUUUACUUUCAAAAUAGAAACAAAACUUUGCAUAUUAAUACAUUCAAUUAAUCUCCUGUGUCAGUAUAUUUCAGUUACUAAAUCCUAUUGUGACAUACACUCACUAGCACUAAUUCAGAAUAAUUGUUCCAUAUCAUCCAUUUAUUCAUUACUAUUUUAACUAUACUACUUUUUUUUUCCACAAAUUGGAAAUAGUUGAUACAGCAGGCUUUUCCUCAACCUCUGGAAAAAAGUCCCCUUGGCUUUUGAGAUACAAAGCAGUAUUUACCAGUUUCAGACCAUGCAGUCUGCCAGCCAGAGGGUGAAACAACACAGUUGGAUUAUAUUUAGAGUAGUGAAAUAUCCCAGGGCAGCACGCUUUUUAAAUCAUCAGAUGCUCUCACAACAUGCUCCAUGAAAUAAUCCACUAUUCCUUCGGACAGCCCCUAGUUAGCCACGAGCUGCAGCCGCCUAGAGGAGUGAUAGUGAGUUUUCUAUUGCGCUUUUUUCUGUUCAAGUCAUUCAAGUUGUACAUUUGGACAGCAGUGGUACUACUUGUGCUUCAGUGUGUGUUACCUCUUUUUACGCUGUUGCUGCAAACAUCUGUGUGGUUGAUGUUUUGGUAUAUUCUUACAUUAGCAAACCAAAUUCAGGGGGUAACUUUUGCUAGUGGGAGUCACAUGAUAAGUAUGUUGUUGAAUAUUUAAUUGCAGUGAUUAAAAACUAUCUGUCUGAACUGUA